AUGACAUAUGUCCGUCUGGGCAACUCGGGCCUCAAGGUCUCACGACUGAUUCUUGGUCUGAUGAGCUAUGGGCAAAAGGAAUGGGGCAAAUGGGUCUUGGGCGAGGAGGAAGGCAUCAAACAUAUCAAGGCUGCAUACGAUGCUGGAAUCCAAACGUUUGACACAGCCGAUGUCUACUCCAACGGAGAGUCAGAGCGUAUUCUAGGCAAGGCAAUCAAGCAGCUCAAUCUACCCCGAGAUGAAAUCGUGGUCAUGACCAAGGUAUUCAACAUUGUUCGCCGAGAACCAGGACCAUUCCUGCCCACUGUCAGAGGUGACAGUCCUCAGGCCGAUGCGUUGGGAUACACAAACCAGUACGGACUCAGUCGCAAGGCACACUCAUCCAUUGCUUCUUGUCUCUCCAUCGCUAACCAAUGCCACCGAUUCGACUAUCAGACACCCAUAGCCGAGACAAUGCAGGCCCUCCAUGACGUCGUCAAAGCCGGUUAUGCGCGGUACAUUGGCAUGUCCAGUUGCCACGCUUACCAGUUCCAUGCAAUGCAGAAUUACGCAAUUAAUAACGGGCUCACUCCAUUUAUUGCAAUGCAGAAUCAGUAUAAUCUAGUUUAUAGAGAGGAGGAGAGGGAGAUGAUCCCUACGCUCAAAAUGUUUGGAGUUGGGAUGAUCCCUUGGUCACCGCUUUCGCAGGGAAUUUUGAGUCGACCGUAUGAGGAGACGACGCUUCGCGCUCAGACUAGCCACUCUGCACAAUUAUGGAAGAAAACGAAAGAAGACAACAAAGAAAUCAUCCUUCGGGUUGAGAAGAUAGCAAAGGCCCGAGAUAUCAGCAUGGCCCAGGUUGCAGUAGCUUGGUGCCUCUCCAAGGACGUGGUUACUGCACCCAUAGUUGGUACCACAAGCCUGGCGAAUCUCCAGGAUCUUAUUGCUGCCGCCAAUGCGACCUCCAGCCAACGCCCCAACCCUGCAGAACAUUUGCCGUUCAACUAUGUGCCCACUGGAUGGGUCGGCAUUCUGUUCCUGGUUCUCUUUGCUUUGACCACCACUGGUCAUCUGUUUCAAGCUGUUACUCUCAAGACGACAUACAUGAUACCAACGCUUGUAUUAUGCGGCGUCGGCGAGUUGUUGGGCUGGGCCGGACGUUAUUGGGGACAUGUGAACCCGCAUAACGGCGACGCAUUUAUGAUGCAAAUUACCACUACUAUUAUUGCGCCUUCGUUCAUGACCGCAGCCAUGUUCUUGAUUCUGCCGAAAAUUAUCAAUGAGCUGGGUACGAUGUAUAGCCGAAUGCCUCCACGCCUUUAUUCCAUCAUCUUCAUUACCGCCGACGUGACCGCACUGAUUAUUCAAGCUGCUGGUGGGGCCAUGGCCUCCAUUGCACGUACUCCGGAAGGCUCAGAGAGAGGAGGAAAAAUUAUGCUUGGCGGCAUCGUCAUCCAGCUCAUCGCUGUGAUUCUCUAUACCAUUCUUGGUCUUGAAUUCGUUAUCCGUUUCAGCUAUGACCGACCCGCUCAUCCCAAGAUUAUAAGUGAUCUACGCAAGAACUCCGGAUGGGUCGGUGUGCCCCGGGGUAUCGUAAAAAUGCUCACCGGUCUUGCGAUUGCGACGGUGUUCAUUAUCAUUCGGAGCAUCUAUCGUACUAUCGAACUCACCGAUGGAUGGAACGGGACGAUCAUCUCCACCGAGAGUUAUUUCAACUGGUUUGAUGGAGCACCGAUUUUUGUGGCCAUGUUUACAUUCAACGUUUUUCACCCUGGAAAUUUGCUGCGAAACUUGGAGAGCAGCAAUCGAUUGCCAAUUUCUGCAUACUCGUCCAGCGAUCGAGUCGAGAUGACUCGGGUGUGA